CCCUUCAUUAAGAAACAGAGUGCUCUGUGACUGAUGUCCUGCCAUAUUUUCAUAACAAUAUUGGCGCCACCAGAAGCUUUCUGUAUAAGCAAAGCGCAAGAGUUGCAUCGACACAACGCCAAGAGAAAACACAUUUUCAGCAGGAUCAAGAUGGAAGGUCAACGUAAAGACAGAAGGAUGAAUAAACUGUGGAUAUUGACGUUACUGUUAUGCGUUUGACCUGCAUCUCACUGUCUGGAUAACAAGGUUUCUCAACUUCUGCGCGUUUUGGAUUGCGGAGCUCGGUCUCGCCCAAAAAGGUUCUGAAGAAGGAUUUAUUUAUUUCUCAUUUGCAAACUUCAUAUUUCAUAAUCACUGCUUGGAAUAAGAGCCCUCUGUGGAGAACAGGUUAUUUUUCAAAGGAUACGAACCGAUCUGUGGAAAAGAAUGGCAACUUGGUUUACCUUUAUCAUCGCAAUUAUUAUAACGAUUUUUAAGCAGGUUCUGGGAUCUGGUGUAUUCGAGCUUGAUCUUCAUCAGUUUCAGAAUAAUAGAGGUUUGCUGGCAAACGGCGUAGCUUGUAGUCCAGCGUGUAGGACUUUUUUCCGAGUUUGCUUGAAGAACUACCAGACCGUAGUGUCACCAGGUGACUGCUACUUCGGCAGUGUCGUUACACCUGUACUAGGCACCAACUCGUUCAGCGUCAUGGAGGACGGCACGUUCACUAAACCUAUUCGCCUGCCACUCACCCACUUCGCAUGGCCGGGCUCGUUUUCUCUAAUCAUUGAAGCAUGGUUUUCUCCUUCAGCGGAUCUACCUGAAGCAGAUACAAACAACCCUGCUUUAUUGAUUAGUUAUUUUGCCAUUCAAAGAAAGUUGGAAGUAGGAGAUGAGUGGUCGCAGGAUGUGCAAAGUGUGAGGCAGACGGAGUUAAGGUACUCAUACCGGUUCAUCUGCCAUGCAAAUUACUACGGGGACAGUUGUUCGAAAAUAUGCGCUCCAAGAGACGACCGUUUUGGCCACUACACCUGCAACCCUGACGGGCAAAUAUCAUGUCUACCGGGCUGGAAGGGACAAUACUGCGAAGAACCAAUUUGCCUUGAAGGGUGCAGCAAAAUAAAUGGAAAUUGCUCAAGGCCAGGACAGUGUGUAUGCAGAGAGGGCUGGCAGGGCACCUUCUGUAAUGAGUGUAAAAGGCAUCCAUCCUGCAAACAUGGCACUUGUCAGCAGCCCUGGCAGUGCACCUGCAAAGAGGGCUGGGGAGGCCUCCUCUGUGACCAAGAUCUGAACUAUUGCACCCAUCACAAGCCGUGUCGUAAUGGGGCCACUUGUAUGAACACGGGCCAGGGGAGCUACACCUGUACCUGCCAGCCGGGCUUCACAGGGGAUAAGUGUGACAGCGAGGUCAGGGAGUGCGACAGCCAGCCCUGUCGGAACGGAGGCCAGUGCUUGGACCUUGAGAACGGCUAUAGGUGUGCAUGUCCACAGGGGUUCGAGGGGACGCACUGCGAGCACAGAAUGCUGACUUGUGCCGAUUCACCCUGCUUCCACGGGAAGUGCAGAGAAAGGGACAAUGGGCGGAGCUACAUGUGCGAGUGCCCAGGGGGCUUCACUGGACUCAACUGUGAAAAGAAAGUGGACAAAUGCACCUCCUUGCCCUGUACAAAUGGUGGACGUUGUGUUAUCCACGGCACCACACGUUGGUGCAGCUGCCGCUCAGGCUUCACCGGCCCACGCUGCGAGAUCAACAUCAACGAGUGUUCCAUGAACCCCUGCGCCAACGGAGCCAGCUGCAUGGACCGCAUCAACGACUACACCUGUAUCUGCCCCCUGGGCUACACCGGCCGCAACUGUGACAAGCCCACUGACAGCUGUGCCUCCAAACCCUGCCUGAACGGUGGGACCUGCACCAACGGGGCCAAAGGCCAGCCUGCUGACUGCACCUGCUCAGCCCACUUCAGCGGCACCCAGUGCCAGUACUACGAUGUGCCUUUACUCAUCCCCCCCAGCCCCAGCCCCAGCCCUGUCAGAGAGACCCAAGACAGGCUCAACUGGGCAGCCAUCUGUCUGGGUGUGGGCCUGGUGGUGCUCCUGGUGCUGAUCUUCAUGGUGGCCAUGGUCCUGCGCCACAUCCAGCAGCAGAGGAAGAGGGAGCAGGACUCAGAGACCAUGAACAACCUUUCACAUUUCCAGAAGGAGAACCUCAUUUCUGACCUGCAGCUGAAGAACACCAACAAAAAGGUGGAGCUGGACCUGGAGGUGGAUUGUCUCAGGGAGAAGUCCCAAAACCACAAACACAUCAACUACCACUUGGACAACAAAACCUUCAAGGAGUACAAGGAUGAGCCGUCGCAAGAGGAUAAAGACGAGAACUGUAAAAAGACGAUUGAGGAGAAAAUGCAGUUGAGUAGAAAGUACAGCGAAAGGCCAGAGUGUAGGAUAGCAACGAUAUGUUCUCCAAGAGAUUCCAUAUACCAGUCUGUGUUUGUGAUAGCAGAGGAGAAAAAUGAAUGCGUCAUAGCAACUGAGGUAUAAUACAUGGAGGGUAUCAGACAUUCUGAAGAAUGGAUAUCUUCUGGACUGUUUACAGUGUAGAAACAGACAGGGAUUUAUUUAACUGUGAAUUGCUGCUCUUGAAAACUUGAUAACUGGACCGAGCCGGUGUGCUCUAUGAAUGCAAUAGGACUCAAACUACAGAACUUUGUUAGAAUGUAAGGACUGAACAGACUGUGAGAAAUAAUACACAACUUGGACAUUUGGAUGUUUCACCGUCAGGGUGUACUGACAGAUUCAGCCCCUUGACAGGACUUUUGGAUGUUUCACCGUCAGGGUGUACUGACAGAUUCAGCCCCUUGACAGGACUUUUGGAUGUUUCACCGUCAGGGUGUACUGACAGAUUCAGCCCCUUGACAGGACUUUUGGAUGUUUCACCGUCAGGGUGUACUGACAGAUUCAGCCCCUUGACAGGACUUUUGGAUGUUUCACCGUCAGGGUGUACUGACAGAUUCAGCCCCUUGACAGGACUUGUCCGACCAUAUCCAUGGAAAACAGGCCUAUGUGUUUAUGCCACCUUGCCCAUCAGCAGGACGAGAGGGCUCUGUCUGGAGAUACUCCACCUUAUUUUGAUAAUCAGCAAUCAGCAACCAACCAAUCAACUUACUGCCAACAAGACUGUGGAAGAAGCCAGCUACUUCCAUUUACCCUGGUGAUGUGCUACAGUAUGCAAAAAAGGAGACUUUGUUUAUAAACUUUCAAGGAGAGAAAAAAAAUACUAGAAACGGUUCAUUUUUUGAGAAUAUUUGAGACCCAGGCCUAUGUCAAUUCUGUAAAUUAUUAUUAUUAUUAUUAUUUACAUAAAAAAUGUUAAUAAAGAAUGUAUGCAUCCCGAAUCACAGAGCCUUAAGUAUGGGUUAUAGAGCUUGAUACCCUGCUUCUUCUUGGAUCCAUUGCACAACAAAAACUGAAGGGAAAAUACUUUUAAGAGAAAACAACUGAUGCAAUAAAUGACGUAGUGCCAGGGGGAUUCAAGAAGAAGCAUUUUUACUUCUUAUUAUGCAACAUUGCCCAGAAAUUAAAACAAAGAAAAACAAAAGUGACUAUCAUACCAAGGACGCCUAUAAUUAGAAUUGACAUUACUGAACCAAUAAUGUUUUUUUAAAGAUUAGUAUUUCACUAGUUAUUUAAAUAUUAUGAAGCAAUGGUCUUUCUAUUAUGUUUUAUACGAUUAUUUUGUAUAUAAUGUAUAUUUAUAAAUUUAGAAGUCGGUGUACAACGGUUUUCAAUUUGAUGCCCAAAAAGUUGAAUUUAUUUUCAUGUUUAAUGUUGUUGUGAUUGUU